AUGACGCCUGAGAUGGAUACCGACAUCGAUUUGCUGGAGGACGACAUGGUGGAGGACGGCAUGCUAGAGGACGGCAUGCUAGAGGACGGCAUGGUUGAGGACGACAUGAUUGAGGACGGCAUGGUUGAGGAUGGCAUGCUGGAGGACGGCAUACUGGAGGACGGCAUACUGGAGGACGACAUGCUGGAAGACGACGUGCUGGAAGACGACGUGCUGGAGGUCGACAUGCUGCAGCUUCCAGCAGCGAUGCAAUUCGAAGUGGCGAUCCCAGAGCUCUCUGUUGAGAAACAGAGCGAAUACUCGAGGAUAUAUAGCAAUGUUGUCGAACACGUGACGGAUCUUUCUGAUUCAACCCCGCCCCAGUCCGACGUCGAAUUCACUGGGGAAGAUGAAGACGAGUUGACGGACACCGAUCAGCCAAGGCGGAACCUCCGAAAGCGAACAUCCACACAACUGAGGCUCACCAGCAUGUCGUUCAAUACCAGCUAUAAGGAUCAAGAUAUGGACGAACUUGCGCUGGAUUCUCGCCAAUCCUCAGAAGACGAAGACACAUUUAUGCCUGUUGUGUCCGACCUCGCAUUGAAGAAGGGCCGCCCUAGCAGAGCUGUGCAACGGUCUCGCCGAUUGAGAAAGCAAAAAGAAAACAAAGCCAGAUUGACUCUCAAUGGUUCGGGAGGUUCUGAUAUUGAGUUUGAACAACCUCGACGGUCCACAAGAGCCACCAGAAACCAGAUGAGUAUGGAAGACGAUGCCUUCAUGGACGACGAUUCGUUCUACGUGGUAGAGGAGAAGGCAUCUACACCAAAGAUCAUUUCCGUCAGGGAAGUUUUCCAACCGAUCUCUGCCGACUCCGACUUUGGAUCCGUACAUAUGCAGUCAUGCCAUACUUGUGGCGGCUCAAAGCAGCGCGGCCAGCUGCUUCAUUGCCAAGGGUGUUGCUUAACUUAUCACAAGAACUGCAUUGGGUAUCGAAGCAAUCGAGAGCAUAUGGUUACCAAAAUUGGAGAAGAAAAUUUUGUGCUGCAAUGUAGAUUCUGCCUCAAUACCUACUCAAAGAAAGAUAGCAGCGCACCAAGACACAGCGCCUGCCAGGAGUGCAAGAGAGACGGCCGAUCCUGCGCUGCCUUCUCUCGAAAGAAGACUGCCCGACAGGAAGAAAAAAUGCGCGAGGAGAAUGGCGGUGUCGAUCCCAUCACCCCAGUGUUACCUGAACUCAUCAACAACGCCGACAAUGUUCUUUUCCGUUGUACCACUUGUCACCGUGGAUGGCAUCAGGAGCACCUACCAUCCAUGGGCAAUGACGCUAUUGGAACGGACGUCAAGUCCGAGCGCCUCAAGGAUUACUCAGUCGACUGGCGGUGUAAUGAUUGCAGUUCUACUAGAAGCAAGAUUCAUCGGCUGGUGGCAUGGCGACCCGUGGUCCCGCAGAAUCCCCUUCCAGCUUACGGAGAUAUCAACGAAGAUGAAAGAGAAUACCUCAUCAAAUGGCAAGACACUUCAUUUGCUCACUGCUCUUGGGCGCCCGGAGCUUGGGUGUUUGGUGUCAGUGCUGGCAAUAUGCGAUCCUCUUUUGCAAAACGAGUACUCGAGCAGGAUCUUCUAAAACUCACCAGUGAAGAGGCGAUUCCAGACGAAUUCAUCACCCCCGACAUUAUUUUUAACGUUAAACUAGAUGGCUUCGACAGUUUGGGAAAAACAAAAGCAGAGGAUCUUGCCAAUAUCUCUCGGGUCAAGAAAAUAUUGGUCAAAUUUCACGGCCUCGGGUACGAUGACGUUGUAUGGGACUCUCCUCCUACUGCCGAUAAACCUCGACUCUACAAGGCCUUUGUAGAAGCAUACCGCGAAUACAUCGAAGGCAAGCACUUCCAAAACGACUCUCAGAACAAGAUGCGAGAACGCAUCAAGCUGUACAAGUCUACUCGAUUUGCAGAAGUAGACACGCAGCCUGCUGGCCUUACGCGAGGGAAGCUCAUGGGCUACCAAAUAGAGGGUCUCAACUGGCUCUUACAAAAUUAUCACCAAAGUCGAAGUGUCGUUCUAGCAGACGAAAUGGGGUUGGGCAAAACAGUUCAGGUCGUCGGUGUUGUAACCUCCCUAGUGCAAGACAUGCCCAAGUGCUGGCCUUUCCUCAUCGUGGUGCCAAAUGCUACUUGCGCCAACUGGCGUCGAGAAUUCAAACAGUGGGCACCGGGUAUCAGAGUUGUUGCUUAUCAUGGAGGCAAAGAGCCCCAGGAUUUCGCCUACAGAUAUGAGCUAUUUCCGGAUGGGGCCGCAGACCUUAAAGCUCAAGUCGUCAUCAUGUCGUAUGACUCGGCACAAGAUCCGCGGACAUCUUCUCUUUUCAAGUCCGUCAAUUGGAAGGGAUUGGUUGUUGACGAGGGUCAGCGGCUGAAGAAUGACCAAAACAUUCUCUACAAUGCCCUGAGGUCCAUGAAGAUACCCUUUCGACUAUUGCUAACUGGUACGCCACUGCAAAACAACAAGAGAGAACUUUUCAACCUCUUGCAGUUCAUAGAUGAGAAGCAAAACGCAGAGAAGUUGGACGAAGAAUAUGCCGUUUUGGACAAAGACAAUCUUCCCAAGCUACACGAGAAAAUUCGGCCGUAUUUUUUACGAAGAACAAAGCUCGGCGUCCUUAAAUUUCUUCCUCCCAUGGCGCAGAUUAUUCUCCCCGUUACCAUGACCGUUAUUCAGGAGAAGCUAGCAAAGAGCAUCAUGGCAAAGAAUCCGCAGCUUAUUCGGGCCGUGUUUGCAAAUAGUAAAAUGAACGCAAAAGACCGUGGCAGCUUGAACAAUAUCCUCAUGCAGCUGCGCAAAUGCUUAUGCCACCCCUUUAUGUAUUCUGAAGCAAUUGAAGAGCGCCACCAUGAUCCCGUGGUUCUCCAUCGCAACUUAGUAGAGGCAUCUGCUAAGCUUCUAUUAUUGGAAAUUAUGCUGCCCAAGUUGAAGGAGCGAGGUCACCGUGUGCUCAUAUUCAGCCAGUUUCUGCAACAGCUUGACAUUAUCGAAGACUUUCUCAAUGGAGUCGGUUAUGGAUACCGUCGUCUGGAUGGAUCGAUAUCUAGUUUGGAGAAGCAACGACGCAUCGACGCCUUCAACGAGCCCGGUUCCGAGCUUUUUGCCUUUCUCUUGUCAACGAGAGCCGGUGGUGUUGGCAUCAAUCUUGCGACCGCAGACACUGUCAUAAUCAUGGACCCCGAUUUCAAUCCUCACCAGGAUAUUCAGGCGCUGUCUCGCGCCCACCGCAUUGGCCAAAAGAAUAAAGUCUUAUGCUUUCAGCUCAUGACCAAGGACUCGGUAGAGGAACGAAUCAUGGAAAUUGGCCGCAAGAAAAUGGCCCUGGAUCACGCACUCAUCGAAAGCAUGGACGACGAGGAGCUUGAAGGUGCCGACUUGGAAUCGAUCUUGAAACACGGUGCCCAAGCCUUGUUUGACGAAGAUUACGAAAAGACAGCAAUUCACUAUGAUUCUGCGUCUGUCGACAAGCUCUUGGAUCGCUCUCAGAUGGAGCAGACCGCGGCAAAUGAAGACAACUCUGCCGAAAGCCAGUUUACCUAUGCCCGAGUAUGGGCGAAUGAUAAGCUUGGGUUUGAGGAAAAUAAGGAACUUGAAGAAGAUCAGGCUCCAGAGCCCAUAAACUCUAGUGUAUGGGACCAGAUCCUUGCCCAAAGAGAGGAGGAAGCCCGGCGAGAAGAAGAGGCCAACAAAGAAGUUCUUGGACGUGGUGCGAGACGUCGCAUGGCUGUCAACUACGGAGCAAAGGGCACAGAGAAUCUUGCAGUAGUUGGUGAUGUCGCUGGCGAGUCUUCGGAUUCCUCUGACGACUUUGACGGGACAAACAUGCCUGAAUCUGACGACGACAAAACCGACGACGACAUGAACCCCUCGACAAAUGCCGUGACCGAAGCCGAGAUUUUAUCGAUGCGAGACGGCGGAGCUAAACAGCGACAAGGCCUUGCCUUCCCCAGAGAGCAACAAUCUGACUCAAGGCGACGACAAACUCUUCCGCCUCCGAUUGCAUCACAACCGGCAUGGACCGCAGACGCCCCCCGUAAGAGGGGCAGACCUCGAAAAUCAAUAACCACCCCCGACGCCAAAGCUGUAUACACUAAUGACAGCUCUCAAACAAAACCACGAGCAGCACAAAACCCAACCACCCCUGCACUGGUGUAUAAGAAGGGCUUUGAUACCGUUAGACGCCAGCAAACUUUCCAACAUUACCAGCAAUAUCUCCAGUAUGGCGGCCGACAACCGCCUACAGCCACUCCCCAACCGCAACCGCAACCGCAACCUCAGCCCGGCCUACCCGCCCAAGCACCACCAACCGGGUUCGAGUAUCUCGCUCUUCUUAACACCGAAGCACAGGUCCGCGUAGCGCUGGACGUGGUUCACCGUUCUGAAAAGCCAGCAUCAAUCAAGCAGCGACACAUGGUCGCUCUGUACCACAAGUUAGGCCAAGUGCGCAUGCAAAACGGGACUCGGCAGAGUUGA